AUUUUUAUUUUGUCACUUACGGAGAUUUCCGAUGAUGUUUCCGAGGCGAGGCGGUUUCAAAAUGGCGACUCAAUGAUGUACAAAAAUACAAAUUUUAUAAAAUAAUCAUCGUUUUCUCUCCAGUUUAUUAGUUGUUUUCAGCUGAAAUUAUGCCUAAGAAGUUCCAGGGAACAAACACGAAAGCCGAGGCGGCCAGAGCACGAAAAAGCGAGACAAAAAAUGCCGAAAAAGCGCGAAAAGAGAAAGAUACUGCGGACAAAUAUUGGGAAAGCUGGGAGUCUGCGGAUCGGAAUGAAAACAAAAAGAAAGAAAGAAAAGUGCGUUGUUUUUAUUUGUUUAUUUAUGUAUUUAAAUCAUUUCAAAUAAAAAUCUAUAAAUGAUAUUAAAAGGUUGAAAGGAGUGCCCUCCUCCCCCUGAAUUUACAUCAUCAAACAAUUGGUAUGACACCACACCACAGAAUAGAGACCUUACAGAAGGCUGACUGAGCCAAUAAAGCCUAACCGUCGCCACAUGAUUUGUUAGGAACAUGGCAAGUGCAUUUUAAUGAGUGUGCUUAUGAGAGGCAGUCACCCCCCUGAACAUCCACUAUUUUUUAAAUAUUUUCAGGGGGGUGAGUGCCUCUUAUAAGAAGAUUCUGUGAUGACACAGAGCGGCUAGGCAAUCGAAAACUUUAAACAUUGUCGCAAAGUUUUACAUAAAAAUAAACAAUGUUUUUGUUUGCAAAUUUCAUUUUCUUAGGAAGACAAGGAGAGAAAACGAUUGGAACAACUAGAAAAAAAACGAGCAGCGAAAGAACUUUUGGAAGCUGAGGAAUCAAAACAGAAAGGCAAGACAACUUCGGCCAAAGUGACGAGAUCUGAAAUCUCAAGUUUGCAAGAAAAAGAGGCGGAAAAACGCAAAGCUGCAGCAGCGAAACCUGUCAAGAAAAAUGUAACAGUUGACGAUGCUCCCCCUGAGGAAAAUAUAAACCACCUGGUUGUGGACACGUUGGCCGCAGAGGGUGGGGUCGAGGCUAGAAAUGUUGAAGACGCUAUAUCUGUUCUGUCUGUCGAUGAUAAACAAGAGUCACAUCCAGAAAAAAGGAUGAAAGCAGCGUUUGCUGCGUUUGAGGAAGAAAGACUACCGGCUCUAAAAGCUGAGAACCCUAACAUGAGAUUAUCACAGAUCAAGCAAAUGCUUCGAAAAGAAUGGUUGAAAUCUCCAGAUAACCCCCUUAAUCAAAAUUUUGUGGCAUAUAAUAAGUAAAAUUAUAUUACAGGAUUUUGCUUGAAAUUUAACUAAUCACAAUUUUGUAUUCAUGAUGGCAAAAUUCUUCGCAAGAAUUUGUAUCUGUUAAAUACAGAUGGUUGAGUAGAAUUAACUUCUACUCACUGGUGAAGUGAAAUUAUUUUUUUCUCGAUUUAUCUUUACUGCACAUGUAUUUUUGCCUUUCAGAUCUUUAGAAACAAACUAAUGUAUACACUCAAGUAUAUUGUUAUAUUAGUUUCAACAACUGUUUAACUGUUCACAUUUUGGGUAUCACUUGAUGUUUCCUGUUUCUGCUGACUGUUCUCGAUUACAUCUACAAUUGUCAUUCCUGAGCCAGUCGAACCAAAUACACAGUCGAGUCGUUUGUUUUUGUCCCACACAAUUUCAUCACAAUACUUGAAGUACUGUAUACGAUGCUUUGGAAUUGCCAGGAUGGUUGGAUCCACUGACGUAACAUCCUCCCAAUCGAAAGAAUUAAACGAGUUCUCAACGAUGCCAAGAAAACGAUCCAGAUACCCAACUGUGAAAUGUUCUGGGUUUAAUUUUUCAUCCCAUUGUAUACGGUUUAUAACGUCAGUUGCAGUUUUCAUUGGCGGCUUUUUUCUCGACUUUUCGCUUUCUACGAUGUUGGUUUUUGGUUUUUGUAGUUUGUUUUUAAUGUUGUUUGUUUUGUUUUCAAAAGUGUUUGUUGACUCAUCUUCAAUUGUGUCCUCAGUGGAUAAUUUAUCAUGAACGUUGAAACAUGUGUCCCCAAAUCUGCAUUUUCCUUUUAAGAAAUAUUGACAGAUAGUAGCGCCCAUUUCCUCAGAUUUCUCAAUGUUCGUACCAUCAAGCCCCUCCAGAAUACUGGUAUCAUCGCCAUGCUCAAAUAUUUUCUCAGCCUCUUUCAACAAGCUCUCUGCGAAAUCUCCUUGGCUGAGAUCAAGUUUCCGUUUUGUAAGGCACUCCUCCAGAAAAUCAAGUCUUUCAUUCGACUUGUCGUUAAUCACAAUGACUUCUGAAAGUUUGUCUGAAGCAUUAUCU